AUGGACCCAGAUUUGCUCGAUUUUAUUUCUUCUCCUCCUGAUUACUUACAACUAAAGUGCCCAAUAUGUCUAGAGCUCCUACUAGAGUCCCCCAAUCUUUUCAGUUGCUGUGGCAAUCACGUUUGUGGAGGCUGUGUUGGGAAUCUUAAGGAGAAGGCAUGCCCCAUGUGUAAGGCAAUCAAAUACGAGACAUUAAUUAAUAAAAGUCAUCAAAGGGCCAUCACCUCACUUAAGAUUCAUUGUUCAAAUAAAGAGAAAGGCUGUAAGUGGACCGGAGAAGUAAAACAACUUGAGACUCACUUAUCUCUUACGAAAGGAAACUGCCAAUACGAAUCUUAUAACUGUAAACAUAAAUGUGGGUCAUCACACUCCCGCAUCGCUCUGACUAGUCAUGAAAACUACUCCUGUACCAAACGGCCUAUAGUUUGCCAUUUCUGUAAGAAAUACUCUUCAACAUUUGAUGAAGUCACUAGAGUUCAUCAUGAAGUAUGUUCACAGUACCCAGUUAGGUGUCCUAAUGAUUGUGGUGCUAGUGUCAAGAGGAUUGUACUAGAUACUCAUGUAUCUACAAAUUGUCCUCAACGUAAAGUUCAAUGUGAGUUUGUGGGUAUAGGCUGUAAGUGGUUUGACAAAGAAAGGCAACUUCCUAAGCAUUUGGAGGAGAAUUGGAGAGAACACAUUGCCUUUGCAAUGUCAGUUAUGUCACACAGUGCUAAAGAGGUUGGAGAGUUAAGGCACCAGGUGACUGAGCUCCAGGAACGCAUGACAAAACUAGAGCUUGAAUCAUCAAUGGCAAAAUCAGAGUCAUGUUCAUUACCAAAGAAACAUUUACGAUCAGAAUCAGAAGAUUCAGAGGAAGAGAGCGAUGGUGAGCCAGUCACAAAGAAAUGUCUACCAGAGGCAAAGCCGAAUGUUUCAUUAUCUUCUGCAGGAGAGGCAGCACUUAAGACUACUCUAGAUCCUUCAAAGAUGAAAUGUAUAAUUACGUCGUUUGGUUAUGCAAUCCCUUUUAAAAUCCCUGAUCACAGUGUCAUUACAGCUACUCUUGUUGUUAGCAGGUGGCAUCAUAAACGUGCUCAUAAUAAUCUCCACAAAUCUCGUGCCCUUUCAAUUCCAGGCCAUCGUCAUUUGUUGCAGGUGACAGUAUAUUGUAAUGGCGUCAUGAAUGCAAGAGGAUCACAUGUUUCUGUUUGUGCUAAUGUCUACCAUGGCUCAUCGCCUUCACUACCACUGUUUAGUGGUAAGCUCCUUGUAACGCUAUUGAGCCCCAUACCCGAGUAUGAGAAGAAGUAUGGCCUCAUUAUAUUUGAUGAUACUGUUGAUGACAAGUAUCGCCGGCCUAGUCGUGAUGGCGUUGAAAUCGGGAUUAGACAGUUUGUCUCGAGUCAUUCAAUGAAUUGGAUUGUUAUUUAA